AUGAGCAUCAUUAUUGAUGGCAUUAGAUCAAGUAAAACAAAUUUGCCACAUUUCACUGGAAGACUUAUGAAGGGAGUAGAUCCAAACAGCUUUUUGAAAACCCAUGUACAAGGAGUACUAAACCACGGGAUGGGAACAUUCGAUGUUUAUGUUGACAUCAAUGAAUACUGUCAUGACUCCAACUUGGUGAUGAAUGUUAUUUUAAAGACAAUUCACAAUUCCAUUUCAAAGGAUGGAUAUCUGCCACAGAGGCUGUACAUCCAAGCGGAUAAUUGUGCAAGAGAAAAUAAAAACAGAUUCGUUCUAGGGUUUUGUGAAUUGCUGGUUAGACUAUCAAUAUUUCAUGAGGUGCAUUUGUCCUUCCUCCAUGUUGGACACACCCAUGAAGAUAUUGAUGCGGCAUUUUCACAGUUAGCCAUGCGACUAAGAAGAUGUGAAGCGGAGACAAUGCCAAAACUCUUAAAUAUCUUGAAUGGAGCUAAACAAUUAAGAGGUCUUUUUGAUAUAAAAUCAUGGCUACAACCACAUUUACGUGUAAUUAAGCAUCAUUCAAAACCGCUUCAUUUUAAAUUCAGUAAAAAUGAGACCCAAAAUAUCACAAUGCAGUACAGGACCAACAGCAAUAAGACAUGGAAGACAACCGAAGAAGAAGGAAUAUUGAAUGGCAUUCCACCUGGAGAACCUCAUAUUUUACUACCAAGCAAUUUUCACAAAAUAGACAUACCAAACAUCAGAAACAACAUUCAGAAACAUCAAUACAACAUGUCAGAUGAAGGACAGUUUAGGUGGUGGAUAUCCUACUUAGAAUAUCUACAGGUAGUCAAAGAUGAUGAACAUUCCCUAAAGGACUAUGCCCUUGACGGAGCAAUUUGGUUGUUGCCACAACUAGAAGGCAGGCAAAGAAAAUCUGAAGAGGUUUUAGUAGAGAUCAACAGCCAUCUUCUUGAAAUGCUGGAUAAGGAAUUAGACGAAUACGAGGUUAUCGUGUCAAAGGGGAAAAAAGAGGACAAGAAAAAAAAGAUUGCGAGGAAAAGAAGAUCUGACAGGAAAGAUAAAGACAGUUCUUGAAUAUCAUAGCUGUAUACGUGAAGCUUAAAAAUUGAGUAUGGAGAGUUUUUGCCAAUGACCUUGGACUUAUAUAAAAUCAUUCUUCGACCACAAAACCAUUUUGUAUGCAUAUAAAGAUAGAAGAUUGAUACCCCAAGUGCAUUGCUUUGUACAAAUUCAUACUCAAAUGUAAAUAACUUAGAGAUGAAGGAUUAAUACCCCAAGUGUAUUGCGUUGUACAAAUUCAUACUCAAAUGUACAUUACUUAGAGAUGGAGGAUUAAUACCCCAAGUGUAUUGCGUUGUACAAAUUCAUACUCAAAUGUACAUUCCUUUGUACAAAUUCAUAUUCAAAUGAACAUUACUUAGAAGGGAGGAUUAAUACCCCAAGUGUAUUGCGUUGUACAAAUUCAUACUCAAAUGUACAUUCCUUAAAAAUAGAGGAUUAAUACCCCGAUAGUACCGGGUAUUGCUUUUCACAAAUACAUACUGAAUUGUACAUUACUUAGAGUUGGAGGAUGAAUACCCCAAAUGUAUUGCUUUGUACAAAUUCAUACUCAAAUGUAUAUUACUUAGAGAUGGAGGAUUAUUACCCCAAGUGUAUUGCUUUGUAAAAAUUUAUACUCAAAUGAACAUUACUUAGAGAUGGAGGAUUAAUACCCCAAGUGUAUUGCGUUGUACAAAUUCAUACUCAAAUGUACAUUCCUUAAAAAUAGAGGAUUAAUACCCCGAGAGUAUUGCUUUUCACAAAUACAUACUGAAUUGUACAUUUCUGAGAGUUGGAAGUUUUAUUCCCCAAGUGUAUUGCUUUGUACAAAUUCAUACUCAAAUGUACAUAACUUAUAGAUGGAGGAUUAAUAACCCCAAGUGUAUUGCUUUGUACAAAUUCAUACUCAAAUGUACAUUACUUAGAGUUGGAGGAUUAAUACCCCAAGUGUAUUGCGUUGUACAAAUUCAUACUGAAAUGUACAUAUCAUAUAGAUGGAAGAUUAAUACCCCAAGUGUAUUGCUUUGUACAAAUUCAUACUCAAAUAUACAAUCUUCGAGAUGGAGGAUUAAUACCCCAACUGUAUUGCUUUGUACAAAUUCAUUCUCAAAUAUACAAUCUUCGAGAUGGAGGAUUAAUACCCCAAGUGUAUUGCUUUGUACAAAUUCAUACUCAAAUGUACAUUACUUAGAGUUGGAGGAUUAAUACCCCAAGUGUUUAGCUUUGUACGAAUGCAUACUAAAAUGUGCAUUACUAAACAAUGGGGGAUUUUAAAAUACCUCAAGUGUAUUGCUUUGUACAAAAUUAUAGACAAAAGUACGUCACUUAAAGAUGGGAAAUUAUUAUCCCAAGUGUAUAACUUUGUUCAAAUACAUACUCAAAUGUGCAUUAUUUUAAGAUGGGGGAUUAAUACCCCAAGUGUAUUGCUUUGUUUAAA